CUCUUUUGUUCUCUUCUCAACGGAAAACCCCAAAUUCAAAUAAUAAAUAAUUAAAGAAUAAAAAGUCUAUUUUCAGUCGGCGUCGGCGAUCCAUGGCAUAAGAGAAUGGAUUUCAUAUCCGAAUUCCAACAUACUUAAUUUACUUCUUUCCUUUCUUAGAAAUCAAGAUUCUCUGUUACAUGUCGAUGCCGUGUCUCUGAAUUCUUUUAAUUUCCUUUUUCUUCGACUAAAAUGCGAAAAUUGGAGGAACCAAUGGUGUAGAAACUGGUUUUGGUUUCUGGUAUCGGAAUUCUGAGCAGUAGGUCCUGUUCUAGCUGCCGUUGCGAAGAAUUCUUUGUUUUCUGGUAUUCGGAACUUUGAGGAAAAGACUCCACCAUGGAGAUGAUGGGAGAAUGAAUGAACAUCUGGAAACAUCAGGAUUGGAAAGCCUGAGUGAGCCCUUACUAGAGAACUCUGACUAUGACAGUAGGCCCUCAGAGGUAUACACUCUGGAAGAUCUUUGGGAAGCUGAAAGGAAGAAGGAACGCCUCCACUGGACAUUUUUUUUUUCUCAGUUGAUUGCUCAAUGGGCACAAUGGUUGGCAAAUAUUGUCCUUGGAUCUGGUUCACUUCUUGGAAGGCUUAUAACUCUCCCUUCUGGCUCUCAUAAUGGACAAGAUUGGAGGACCAUUACACUUAGUCCUUUACAAGAAGAAAGACUCAGAAAUCUACAGCAAAGAUUGCAAGUCCCUUUUGAUGGCUCUCAUUUGGAUCAUCAAGAUGCACUUAAAAAACUAUGGAGUUUAGCUUAUCCUGAUAGAGAACUCCCAUCUCUUAUUUCGGAGCUUUGGAAGGAGAUGGGUUGGCAAGGUCCAGAUCCUUCAACAGAUUUUAGGGGUGGUGGAUUUAUUUCAUUGGAGAAUCUUAUCUUCUUUGUGGAAAAAUAUCCGGUAUGUUCUCCUAUCUUGCUCAUGGGCUGCCUUUAA